AUGCCACGCAACGAUGCCAUUGACGAUGCGGUACACGGGGUUGACGGAGAGCACGACGGUUCGUCCACACUAACAGGGUCCCAUGAGGACCUGGACGUCAAACGUCCUCAGUCACUAUCUGGCGAGAUUGCGUUCAUCGUCGUGGUCUGCAUGGCCCAACUUGUGAGUCAAGCUGGUCUUGGCCAAGUGAUAUCAAUUCUCCCUGUUCUUGGGGAAUCAUUUGGUAUCGGCAACAACAUGAGUCAACUUUCGUGGUUUCCGGCAGCCUACUCUCUGACGGUGGGAACAUUCAUCCUAGGUGCUGGUCGCUUGGGCGAUUUGUACGGCCAUAAACUCCUCUUCACUGCUGGAUUCUUCUGGCUUGCGAUCUGGACACUGAUUGCCGCAUUCGCGGAAUCCAGUGGGCCUGUCUUUUUUUGUUGCUGUCGGGCUCUUCAGGGCAUUGGCCCUGCCUUUCUACUUCCCAAUGGAAUGGCUAUUUUGGCGAGAUCAUAUGAGCCAGGGAUGCGCAAGGAAAUGGUAUUCAGCGCCUUCGGGUCUACGGCACCCAGUGGAUUCAUCUUUGGAAGUCUGAUUUCCGCUCUCGCUGCCAAAUAUCGAUCGUGGCCUUGGGGAUUCUGGUUUAUGGCCAUUUUGGAAGCGGUCUGCGGUAUUGUUGCCAUAUUCUUGGUUCCACGCACCCCAACACCGCGAAAGCAAACAACGCACAGUCUAUGGGCGAGAAUGGAUAUCGCUGGAUGCGUCACAGGGAUUAGUGGCCUCGUCCUUUUCAACAUUGCCUUGAACGUGGCCCCCGGAGCGCAAUGGCAGGGCCCAUACAUCUAUAUCCUCCUGAUCGCUUCGUUGGUGUUCUUCGGUCUAUUUGGAUACAUUGAGCGAAAGGCGGCUUUCCCCUUGAUUCCAUUUUCAGCCAUCACACCAGACAUUAGCUUCGUUCUGGCCACCUUGGCAUGUGGAUGGGCUGCCUUUGGAGUCUGGGUAUUCUAUGGCUGGGAGUUUGUUCAGAACUUUCGAGGCAUCUCACCUCUAUUUGGUUGUCUGCAGUUUUCACCUGCAGCCAUCAGCGGGUUUGUUGCUUCCUUCACAACAGGGUUAAUCCUUCAAAAACUGCCUGCCAGUGUGGUCAUGAUGAUCUCUGCAGCGGCCUUUUGCACAGCCGACAUUCUCUAUGCCACCAUGCCUAUCAAACAGAGCUACUGGGCGCAGCUGUUUGUGUCGAUAAUAGUGAUGCCUUGGGGCAUGGAAAUGUCUUUUCCAGCUUCCAAUAUUCUACUUUCAAACGCGAUGCCUCAAGAACAUCAAGGAGUCUCAGCCAGCUUGGUUGCAACCAUUAUGAAUUAUGCGAUCUCUUUGGGUCUCGGAUUUGGUGCAAUAGUCGAGACUGAUCUCAACAAGAACGGAACAGAUCUCUUGAGGGGCUAUCGAGGAGCCUGGUACUUAGGUGUCGGGCUUGCUGCGUCUGGCAUCAUCCUCACGAUGUUUUUUGCUCUUCAUGAGCACAGGAAGUCUAUUCCAACGAAGAAAAAUGCGGCUUCGGAGGAGGAGUAG